AAAGCGCCAUAAACGGGGACAGAGAGGGAGACUGGGAGAGUGAAAUCCCAUCCCUGCUUUCGCUUUCACCUUUCAAUGCUCUCUCUGUCUCUCUUUCUUCAAACAAAACAAAGCCUUCUUCUCAAGCUUCGUUGUCUCUUCUGCUUUUCUCUCUUCUUACUUAUUUCUUCCUUUCUCUCAAUUUUCCUUUUUUUUUUCUUUAAAGUUGGUAAUUUCAGUCUGAUUAUCAAUCAAAACCCAGAAUUUUUGCUGUCAACGUUGAUAAUUUGCGCUUGGAGUUUUAGUAUGAAAAUGUGAAGAACAUGUUGCCAAGCCAGCUUGAUGACGGGGAGCUGUGAUUCAUGCUGCUUUGAUUUCUAUUCGAUUUUUUGUUGAUAUCAUUUGUUGCAGAACCGCUAAAAUUGGCUUGGACGAAUAUUAAAUGAAAUCCAAACUCUGCUCAACUUACAUAAGUGGAGUUGGAGUAGAGGUUAAACAUGAAUGGGAAUAGGCAAAUGGAGGUGCAUUACAUUGACACGGGCUUUCCUUACACUGCUACUGAAAGCUUUAUGGACUUUUUCGAAGGUCUUACACAUGUCCCUGUAAAUUACACUCACACUGUACCGAUGCAGGAUCAGGAAAACAUAUACUGGUCAAUGAGUAUGAAUGCAUACAAAUUUGGAUUUUCUGGUCCCGAGAGUACCUUUUACAGUCCAUAUGAAGUAAGUGAUCAUUUGCCAAGAAUGGAUGUCAGCAGGAGGACUUGGGACUACCCAUCAACGCUGAACUCUGAAGAGCCUGCAACCAUAGACAUGCAGCCUGGAGGAGAAGCAGUUGUGGGCAUCCAUGCUAUACCUGAAGAAUGUAUUACAAAUCAUCAAAGCAAUAGUAAUUCUCAGGUUGUUUGGCAAGACAAUAUUGACCCAGAUAACAUGACCUAUGAGGAAUUGCUUGACUUAGGCGACACAAUUGGAAGCCAAAGUCGGGGUCUAUCCCAGGAGCUUAUUGAUUUGCUUCCAACCUCAAAAUGCAAGUUUGGAAGCUUCUUCUCAACGAAAAGAGAGAGAUGUGUGAUCUGCCAGAUGAGGUACAAAAGAGGGGAGCAGCAGAUGAAAUUGCCAUGCAAGCACGUCUACCACUCACAAUGCAUCACCAAAUGGCUUAGUAUCAACAAGAUAUGCCCGGUCUGCAACAACGAAGUAUUUGGCGAGGAAUCAAGGCAUUAAGACAUCGAAAUUAGCAAGUUUUAGAGUAACAUGGCUCGACUUCUUCUUUUUUAUACUUGUCAUUUAGCUACGUUCUGUUCCUUUCCAUUUUUCCCUGUACACAUAGGGCUAGUGAAGGACAUUUUUCUUGUUCUUUAUAUAAAUCUUUUUUCAGUAAAAGAAAAAGCCAUAUUUCCU